ACUGGUCUCAUCAGCAGCAGCUGGAGGGAAAAGUGAGCAUCGGACGAGAGCAUCUGAGCCCCACUCCCUCAUUAAGGCAGCCUGUUUAAGUGUAGCUUUAAAAUAUCGCGUUAACAUCGUUAAUAUGUAGUUUUACAAGUGUUGCGAACCUUUUAUUGCUUUUUCCUGGAUGGAUAAAAAGAAGAGUCGGAGCUCGCGCGGAGGUGCAUCUUUCGUCCAUUUAGCUUGUAACUUUGUGGAAAUAUGUAACUGAGACAAAUGACAUUAAAACAUGGAGCAGUCGGCCACUCUCGACAUAGAGACGCUGAAGAUUACCCAGGAGCAGUUUAUCCUUGCAUCGCAGUCCCUGCACCUCCAGCGGCCUGGCUGCGAUGCCGUGUACCCAGUGGGUCUUUACGGAUGGAGAAAACGAGGCCUGUACUUCUUCCUGCUGCUGCUGCUGGUGACCAUGAUCGUGAACCUGGCUCUCACUGUGUGGAUCAUCAAGGUCAUGAAUUUCUCUGUGGACGGGAUGGGGAACCUGCAGCUGAACCCGGACGGGAUUCGCCUGGAGGGGAUCUCUGAGUUUGUCCUGCCUCUGUACGUGAGCGAGAUCCAGUCCAGGAGGUCUGACGCACAUCUCUGCAUGAGGCAACAUAGUGCCCAGGACAGCAUGCUGGUCUUUCAGUCGGACAAGAACGUAACACUCAACGUCAGAAACGAACAAGGCCAGCUCACCGGUCAACUCACUGUGGGACCUGAAGCUGUGGAGGCUCAAUGUCAGAAACUGGAGGUGUGGAGUAAAGACGGAGACAAACUGCUAUUCACUGCAGAUGAGGAGGAGAUCAUAAUGACAACUGAGAAGUUCACUGUCACAGGCUCAGAGGGCGCCGUGUUUGGGCAUUCAGUGGAGACCCCUCUUAUCCAGGCGAGGGCCUUUGAAGACCUGAAGCUGGAGUCUCCAACACGGACUCUGACCAUGGAGGCUCCCCGAGGGGUGGAAGUGAGUGCUGUGACGGGGCCACUGAAGGUCAGCGGGCGAAAGGACCUCCAGCUGGAGUCCACAGAGGGAGAGAUACUUUUAGAUGCCAACACCAUUCAGCUGGGCGGACUCCCGCUGGGCGUCUACACCACAUCUUCCCAUCAGGUCUCCCAGGAACAGGAAGUAUACGAGGUGUGUGUGUGCCCCAGCGGUAAGAUCUACCUCUCCCCUGCAGAGAGCAGCUCCACAUGUCAGGCCAUGAGCAACAUCUGCCUCUGGAGCUGACCAGGGACGACUUUCAACAUCUGCUCUAGAGCUGCUGACGUCCAAAUUAGUCAGCUGGAGGUCAGGACUUCAGACUGUGAACGUGAACACUUCCUCUACCUUUUUCUAGAAGACACACCCUUUAUUUUUCUACUUCAGGUUCAAAAAGAUGGGAAAAGGUUCAAAUAGGGUGCCUGAAGUAUUGAAAUCAGACCUGUUGGGACAUUUAAUUGAUGCUGUUUGCAUUCAGAGAGAGAGAACUGAAAGAUUUAAUGAACAGUAAGCACAACUCAGUCUUAUGUCCCCCCUCAAGAAAGACUUUUUCUAUAAUUUCAGUAGCAUUUUCUUUAUUUUUUCACUGUCAACAGCUGUUUCAUUUAAAAUUAAACUUGUUUUUAUGUGG